AUGACCAAAAAUGGACAUGGAUCUAUUAUAAUUAUAGGACAUGGAGGUGGAGGAGGUGGUGGUGGACAUUACCAUCACGGAGGAGGACAUAAACAAAUAAUCCCCAUACCGAUACCAAUUCCAGUACAUCAUGGAGGAGGUGGUGGUGGUGGCCAUUAUCAUCACGGGGGACACGAAGGGCAUGGAGGACACGGAGGACAUGGUGGACAUGGUGGACAUGGAGGUGAAAUUCCCAUUCCUAUACCAAUUCCUGUACAUCACGGAGGAGGUGGAAGUCAUUAUUAUCAUAAAGAAAGUGAUAUAAGUCACGGACACUUUGGACAUCAUUUUGGUGGUCAUGAAGGCGGUGACGAUCACGGAGGUCAAACUCCUCGAAAGAGACCAAUAUUUAUAUUCAAUGGUCCGGCAGUACCCGGAUAUGGGAUGCCUUAUCCACAAUUCAGAAGUAAUGGUCUAAUUUAUCCUGUUGUACUACCCGUCCCAUACUAUUCUAAUCCAAAUUUUGGAGCCUUUGGAGCCCCUGGUACUGGUAUUGGUAGUGGUAUUGGAGGUUUUGGUAUUACUAUACCAUCUAAUCUUUUAGACAAGUAA